AUGGAACAAGAUAUAGACGUCGAACUUAGAGACGAAAACUCAUUCAACCAGUUCCAGGAUGCCUUACAUAGGCAGGCCAGCAACUACGAAAAGAAAGAAGGGUCCGAUGUGGCUACUGCUCACGAGAAACAGGUUUCCUCCACCGAUUUAGAUGUUCACGAGGACAACAUGUCUCUGUCCAGGGGCUCCUCCACUAGCAACACCUUCAGUGAACAAAAGAGACCUAAUUUCUUCACUCCUCCUCCAAGUGUGCUUAAUGGAAAUAGCGCACGCUAUGUUCCUCCUUCUGCUUCCCAGCAAGGUUCUCCAGGCCUUCAUCAGAAAUCCCCGUCAUCCUACGAUUUCUACGACACAUUCAUCCCCAUCUUGGCUUCACAUAAUUCCACCGCUGGCGACUUGAGUGAGUUGACCCAGCCACCUCCAGCUCUCAAUCAUGACGGAAGAUCUUCUGGAAGUAGCAGCAGCAACACGAGCUCCACCAGAGAUAAUCGCUCGCUAGACAAUCUCGCUAAACAGCUCCACCAUUCACAGCUUUUUGAUAAACUUCCUUCUAGAGCAGCCAGCGUCUCCAUAAAGCAGAGACCGCAUUUGCCAGUUCCCGCUAAUAAUUCGAGCUCAGAACUCGUUAGAGACUACUUCCACAGCGACGCCAUAAACGAGAACUAUGUCGUUCAGGUUCCUUCAACAAAUGAAGAUGAGGAUGACGACGACAGCAUUAAUGGAGACUCGCCCGUGGACGACGAGUCAAAGAAGAAUCAGUUGACUGUUACGGAAGAAGAAGUGGAGACUCCACAGACGGAAUCAGGUCCUCCAGUAGGAAGUGAGACUGGUAUUGCUAACAUCGAGGGCAAUUUUGACAACAAUAUUGCUACCAAGACAUUCGAUGAAGAGGAGCCUGACGUUGUGUUCAAGUGA